CUGUUUCCUCAUAUGGGAAAAUAGAGUCAAAAGCUGCAACAACACAACUAAACCCGGUCUGGUUAUUAAUAAAUAUAUACUUAUCUGCGCUGACGCUGCAUUAAUACAGAGUAGCUACAGUAUAGCGUAUCAUUUAUAUGUUGUGUAAUUGCUGAGGCACAUUUUACAGUGAAAUUAUGUCAAAAAGGCAAACUCGAAGUCAAAAUGCGGUGUCGCGGGUUGUAUGGGACAUCGACCCCAAAUCAGGUGAUCGUAAGCGUAAGGUCAAAGAUGAAGAGGAAGAGGAGGAGGUGAAGCCUGGCCCAGCGCUGAGGGAGGAAGACGGCUCAGAACCGCAGCUGCGUUGGGAGUGGGAGGGGGAUGCUGGGGAGUGGACAGCUUACUCUGAUCAACUCAACACUGCCAUCACUGAGGCCUUCCAGGCUGGUAAAUCGUCAGUGACAGUGUCUCCCAGCCCAGGAGUCAAACUCAAAGUGGACGUGAAGAAGUCAACCCAGCAGAACACACAGACUGGCUUUGAAAGAAGAGUACGACUUGCCGUACAGGACAAAAGGAAAUAUUUCUCCUGGAAGUGGCAGGGUGAUGACAGUAGCUGGGCUCCCUUCUCCCCAUCCCUCUCCCUCUGUCUGGAGGAAGCCCUGCAGAGGGUUGAGAAGAAGGUGCCAGUGACACUGGGCAGGACCGGCUACACUGUGGACCUAGUGAAGAUGGUGCAGAUCAACAACAAGACCAAAUACCAGAGGAAGAUCCAGAGAGAGGAGUCAGCGGCGGCCUUGUAUGUGAGUGACAAUGGCAGUGGAGACUUGGCCACAGCGAGACCCAGCACAAAGACAAAGGAGGAGGAAGAGGAGGCUAGAGAGAGGACCUCAGUGAAGAGACCAAAGAAGCAGGCUACAGCACAAGGCAGCUGGAAGAACCAGCAACAAACCUCCUCCACUCCAGAAGAUGCCACCGACAGCAAAGAGGAGGUCAGAACCGUGGUGAUGAAAGGGAAAGCUCCAGUGGAUCCCGAAUGUAAAGCCAAGCUGGGGAAGGCCCACGUCUACAGCGAGGGAGAAGCUGUCUAUGACGUGAUGAUGAACCAGACUAAUCUGCAGUUCAAUAAUAACAAGUACUACCUCAUUCAGCUUCUGCAAGACGACAACAGAAACGACUUCAGCGUGUGGAUGAGGUGGGGCAGAGUGGGUAAAGUUGGACAGAACUCAUUAACAGCCUGUGGAGGAGACCUGCUGAAAGCCAAGGACAUCUUCAAAAAGAAGUAAGAACCCUACACUGAC